GAGCGGGUGGGCGCUGGAGCUCCCGUCUACAUGGCGGCCGUGUUGGAGUACCUGACGGCCGAGAUCCUGGAGCUGGCGGGCAACGCGGCCCGCGACAACAAGAAGACGCGCAUCAUCCCCCGCCACCUGCAGCUCGCCAUCCGCAACGACGAGGAGCUCAACAAGCUGCUGGGCAAGGUGACGAUCGCGCAGGGCGGCGUGCUGCCCAACAUCCAGGCCGUGCUGCUGCCCAAGAAGACCGACAGCCAUAAGGCGAAAGCCAAGUAGAUCUCAUCUGACUAACAACCCAAAGGCUCUUUUCAGAGCCACCCACAUCUUCCUAGAAAGAGCAGGAACGCUUGAUCCCGGGAAUACACGCUGUAUUGAUAUAUCUGAAAACUUGAAAUCUUAAGGGGUGGGGUCUAUAAUGUUAUGUGUCUCUGGGCUCUGCUUUGAUGUUCUGUAACUUCCUCCCUUUUUUCCUAGAAGUUACUUAUGUAAGCGUGCAUCAGUUAACCUUUUUGAAAAAAAUCAAUAAAAGGCAGCGGUUGCCACGGAUGAAAUCGGUCACCGCUGUAUGGUUUGAGAA